UUUGCAGUAAAACAUGAAUCCGAUUACGAAUAUCAAAAAUCAGAACCGUAUGAACGAGCGGGAGCUCAGUUUGGGUUACGCUGGAGAUCUCAAAAAAUCGUGGCAUCAAACUUACAAAGAUUCUGCCUGGAUUUACAUUGGUGGUUUGUCAUACGCACUUUCAGAAGGGGAUGUUAUUGCCGUUUUCUCUCAAUAUGGCGAAGUUAUGAAUAUCAAUUUAAUUCGAGAUAAGGACACAGGAAAGUCGAAAGGAUUUGCUUUUUUGUGUUACAAAGAUCAAAGAAGUACGAUUUUGGCAGUGGACAACUUCAAUGGAAUCAGCUUACACAAACGAAUGAUUCGUGUAGAUCAUGUGGAAGAAUAUAAAGUCCCGAAAUACAAAGAAGAUGCCGAUGAUGAAACGAAACGAUUAUGGGAAGAAGGAUGUGCUCCAAAACCAGUAAUGAGAGAAGCAGCACCUAUGGAAGUUCAAGAACAGAGAAUCAAGAAAGCCAAAGAAGUAUUAUUAGAUAUUGGAGAUGUUGAUGAAGAGUUGCUGAAAAAAAUCAAAAAAGAUAAGAAGAAAGCAAAAAAGGAGAAGAAGCGGGAAAAGAAGAGAGCAAAGAAAAUUCGAAAAUUGGAGAAGAAAGCUGCAAGAGAUCCAGAUGGGGAUUGGAAUAAUAAAGCCAAACUUAUCGAUAAAGUUGUGGCUGAAGAUGAUUUGUAUGGUGAGAACAAGCACUUUGAUUUUGGAAAGAAGAAAGAAGUUGAAGAAGUUAAACAUAAUCCAAGACCAGAUUUUGAGAAAGCUGAUUGGAGAGAUAUUGAAAUCUGGAAAGUCAUCCGAGAACGAGAGAAGGCAGAGAAAGCAGCAAGAGGAGAAACAUCAGAAGCGUGGGGUCCAGAGGAUCAUUAUGUGUCAAAAAGAUAUCAAGGAAGAUGAAUAUUUGUUUUUUCUCACUUUAAUAAAUUUUUAUUUGUUUUUU